AUGAAAUCUGCUGAGAUCACCGCUGAGGAAGUUUCUCCUAAAAAAAAUGUUGAAAAAUUGGAGGAUGAAAAAGGAAGAAAAAUUAAAAAGAUGAACCCUGUGGAGGUCAGAGAUGAGGAUGUUUAUCCUAAACCCAUUAUAGAAACUAAGGAUAUAAUCGAUGAGAUGGAAUCUAUAUAUAUCCACGAAGAGGACAAGGCAGUUUCUUUUGCGUCUGAGACACAACAAGAUAAAUUUCUUACAGCUAAUGAAGAUGAUGAUGAUGAUUCAAAAUAUGAAAUAGAGAGAGCUAAUGAAGAUGAAAAAAUGGAUGAUAGAAAGAAGGCAAAACUUGAGCCACCAGAUUCUAGUCCACCGACUUCUGCUUGGACAGAGAAAGCAGCUGCGAUCAAGAACUUUGUUAGAUUGAAAAGUGUAGUUGCAGUACACACAGUCAUCCGUCGUCUUUCAGGGAAAAUGAAUUAUGAGAAUGCUGUUCAUGACACAAUAGAUUAUGAAACAAAAUUCGCGGAAUCUCCUAAAGCAGAGGGAAAGUCGUCCAUAUGGAAUCCCUUAAGCUAUUUGAAGAUGAUGCAGAAUGAUGAUUUGGUUGAUAAAGUACAAAUUACAAAUGUGAAUGCAGAGUUGGAGCCUGUAGUAAUGAAAGGUAGGAUUGUACUUUAUACAAGACUAGGGUGUGAGGAAUGCAGAGAAUGUAGGUUUUAUUUGCAUGGAAAGAGGCUUAGAUAUGUUGAGAUAAAUAUUGAUAUCUACCCAUCUAGAAAGAAGGAUCUAGAAAAUAUUAGUGGAUCAUCUUCUUCAGAUGUUCCUACGGUAUUCUUCAAUGCAGAAUUGGUUGGGAGUUUUAAGGAGCUUAAGGAAUUGGAUGAAUCAGGAGAACUUGAUGAGAAGAUUAGACAUUUGAUAGUUGAAGCCCCACCUAAGGAAGCUCCUUUGCCACCAUUCUCAGGAGAAGACGAUGCAUCAAGUAAAGGUCAUGUAGAUGAACUAGCUUUAAUAGUGCGGAAAAUGAAGCCUUGCAUCAUUAAGGAUCGAUUUUAUAAGAUGCGAAGGUUCAAAAACUGUUUCUCAGGUUUAGAUGUUGUGGAUUUCUUAUCGUCUGAUCAACGUUUAGAAAGAGAUGAGGCCAUUGAAGUUGCUAGAAAACUUGCAAGCCAACUCUUCUUUCAACAUGUUUUAGAUGAGAAUAUGUUUGAAGAUGGGAAUCACUUGUACCGAUUUCUAGAUGAUGACCCUGUUGUGUCAUCUCAAUGCCAUAACAUCCCUAGAGGAAUAACUGAGAUAAAGCCAAGGCCAAUCGUUGAAAUCGCGUCAAGACUUAGACUUUUGUAUCGAGCAAUUCUUGAAGCUUACACUUCGCCAGAUGGUAAACAUGUUGACUACAGAAGCAUCCAUGGAAGUGAAGAGUUUGCAAGGUAUGUAUAUAAAUUCUCUUUACCUGUGUUGUUUCUAUUAUUAUUUUUUAUUUCUAAUCCAAGUAUCAAUCUUUGCCCAAGGUACCUGCGAAUAAUCCAAGAGCUCCAUAGGGUAGAGCUAGUAGAUAUGCCGAGAGAGGAAAAGCUCGCCUUCUUUAUUAAUCUUUAUAACAUGAUGGCUAUUCAUGCAAUACUUGUAUGGGGACAUCCAGUAGGACCACUCGAGCGAACAAAGAUGUUUGGAGAGUUCAAGUAUGUUAUUGGUGGCUACACUUAUUCGCUCUCGACUAUCCAAAAUGGUAUUAUAAGGGGUAACCAGCGACAGCCAUACCAUCUUAUGAAACCUUUUACUGAAAAAGAUAAACGGUCCAUGGUUGCGCUACCUUAUGCAGAGCCUUUAAGUCAUUUUGCUCUGGUUUGUGGUACUCGUUCUGGACCACCUCUCCGUUGCUUCUCACCUGGAGAAAUCGACAAAGAACUCAUGGAGGCAACUCGGGAUUUUUUAAGAAAAGGUGGGCUCAUUGUUGAUCUCAAUUCCAAAGUUGCAUACAUUAGCAAAAUUUUUAACUGGUAUGGGGUAGAUUUUGGAAACGGUGAAAAGGAAGUACUAAAGCAUGCAUCAACCCACUUGGAACCCCAACUUUCAGAAGCUUUAUUGGAUCUGCUAGUUGAUACUCAGUUUAGGGUUGUCUACCAAACAUAUGACUGGGGACUUAACAACUAA